ACACUCUCGCAUGUUUUCUUAACGGAGUAAACAAUAAAACCAUCUAUCAAUCAAUCAAUUAUAAAACCCUAAUAAUUAUAUAAUUAAAAUUAUAUCAUUAAUUUGACUGAUUCUAUUGAUUAUAGAUCGCAUCGAAUGGCGAUCUCCAAGCUCCAAUUCAUCUUAAUUUCAUUCUUAUUUGCCCUAAUUUUCACUCAAAUUAACGCCGAUGAAUCCGGUGAUGGAGCUCCAGUUUUAGCUGCUUCCGAUGAUUCCGAGUCGUUUCGGAUUCAGUUGGAUCAGCUCUCUUCUAAGAUCCAAUCACUAGAGUCAACUGUUGAUAAGAAGAUCGAAGAGUUGAAAAUUAAAGAUGAAGUUAUUGUUGGGAAGGAGAAGGAAAUUGCUGAGAAAGAGAAGGUGAUUAAGGAGAAAGUCGAUAGUAUCACCUCUUUGAAAAGUGAGGUAGCUUCACUUAAGGUUAAAGGGUCUUCAGAUGCUAAAGAGCAGGUUCAAAAGGCUCAUAUGAGAUCACAGGAGUUGGAGAAGCAGGUAGAGAAGCUUCAGAUGGAGUUGGAUCUCAAGGCUAGUUUAAGGGAGGCGUUGGAAACUCGAUCAAAAGAAUUGGAGAAGAAGAUGCUUGAAAUAAACCCUAAGCUUCAGAAUCUUCAACAAACCAUUGAAGAUCAGAAGGCUAAACUUAAAAAAACUGAACGUGCUCUUAAAGUUGCCGAGGAGGAACUUAUGAAGACUAAGAAUGAAGCCACACAGAAAAUCAAAGAAUUGACAGAGGUUCAUUCUGCAUGGCUUCCACCUUGGCUCGCAGUUCAAUUGUCUUCUACUCAGUCUUAUGUGGAGGCCCGUUGGAUUGAGCAUGGAAAACCAGCUCUUGAGAUUCUUGCACAGAAGGCUUUGGAGAAGAAGGCUCAAGCCGAAAAGUGGGCUGAGCCUCAUAUAGAGACCGUCAAAACGAAGUGGAUCCCUGCUGCAAAGGAACAAUGGGUGAUGGUGAUGACCAAUGCUGAACCACAUAUACAAUUGGCGACCGAUAGGACCAAAAACUUUUAUUUUCAAUCAAAGGAGGUUCUAACUCCCCAUGUGAUCAAAGUUAAAGAAGCUGUUGACCCUCAUUUUCAGGUUGCCAAGAAGUUCUGCAAGCCAUAUAUCGAUCAAGUUGCGGUUGCAACAAAACCUCACCUUGAUAAAGCACGGGAAACAAUGAAGCCUUACACAAAUGAGGCAGUCCAAGCAUAUGGCAAGUUUCUUGAAUCUGCAACUAAAUACCAUAAUCAGGUUCAAGGCACUGUUGAAGAAUCACUGAAAAGGCAUGAAAUUACAAGACCUCUUGCAACCAAGGAGUUUAUAUGGUUUGCUGCUUCCGCGCUGCUGGCACUGCCUGUCAUUUUCUUGUUCAGAACAUUAUCGAUCUUUUUUGUAACGGCUAAGAAGCCUGCCAAAAAUAGCAAGCCAAGCCAUGCACGUCGCAAGGCCAAACGGGCACACUCAGACAAGUAGUGAGAUAAGAAGUCAACAUUUUACAUUAAUUUUAGGACAUGGAGAUAAUUGGGUUUGAAGUCUGUAAUGGGAUCUGUGUUCCAUUAUAUCUGUUGAUCUGCAUAGAGAGCGGGCAUUCUCUGAUGCUAUUAUGGAGCCUUGUGUGUUUCUCACAACAGCUUCUAUUUCCAGCCGUCUUCAAGGUUUGCAUCACAUAGAAAAGAAAGAACAGAAAACAUAUUGUGGAGAAGAAUGGAGUUUAAGUAGGUUAGCACGGGCAUGUGUAUCAUGAGUGUUAUGUAGUUCAUGUGUUUGUACUUUUGUAACUUAUUAUUUGUUUCAAGUUCUUUUCGUACAUGGUAAUGGUGAUUUUGCCCUCAA